CAUCGGUAGCGAGUACAGAACAAAUAUUGCUAUUUGCCGAGCUCUUCAGCGCGGGGAUAAAACGAUAACAAGAGAUACAGAUCUGAUAAGCCCAUCCACUCAGCGGGUUCAGUGGAAGAUUUAUUUCUCCAUUAAAGUCAUAAGCUCUGCGAAGUUUCAACCGAUCAGUAACCACAAUGCGGAUGCGACUGCUGGUUAUCUGGAUUUCCAUGACUGCUCUACUUCAAUGGAGCAGGGCCCAGGAGGACAAUAUACAAGAGGUCAGCCUAAGUGUAGCCGAAGAAGGUGAACGCCCAGAAAAGAAUGAAGAAAGUCCGUCUUUUAUGGGCACAACAGAUAUGCCUGCUGUUGACAAAGAGCCUGUGGAAACGUCCAUAAUUCAACAAAAUAUACCAUUUGAAGGAGAAAUGGAACAUCAUUCAGGAGAAACAAAUAUGGACGCAGAGGAUAAACCCUCUGAAGGGGCUUCAUUGGAUGAUCCCAAACCAGAAGAGGAUAAAAAAGAGCCGGAAAAAGAAGUUACCAGUACUUCUCCGCCACCAGAAACUUCUGAAUCAGAUAAAGAAACGGAAACAUCGGACCAUUCAGACCCAUCCUCCCAGAUACCUACGGUAUCUGAAGAACCAUCUUUAGAAGCGGAUCCCGAAAUGCCUAAAAAACCAAUGGAGGAAUCCCAUUCCGCAAACGAAACUGCUGAAAUAUCAACGGGAGGAUCGCCCGACUAUCAGGGUGAUGGACCUGGUCACCAAGAUCACACCACAGCCCCAACCACACCUGGAACCCUAACACCUGCUACGCCCCCAAUUCCCAACCCAGUAUUCUCUAUGUUGAGCUGUUAUUCCUGCAUGUUCUGCAACAAUAUAACUAAGGAACUGCCUAAGGCAAACUGCCCACCGAUACCGGGGAAAAAUAAUGGAUGCCGUACCAUUCUUGUUCGAGAUCCUAAUGUCACUCCGGAUAAAAAGAUUUAUAUAAGUCGAGGCUGCAUAUCCGAAUUAGAUACUUUAUCUGUCUAUUGCGAUAAAAAUAAGGAACUGUGCCCCACCUGCUACGAAAACCAUUGCAAUGUUCAUAAUAUGACUCAAUUUGAGCAGUCGCUGGGCUCUGCAGCUGCCGCUCAUCAUCUGGUAGCCCCUCUCCUUAUCUGGAGCAUCUAUUUAUUCAGUUGGCAGGUGCUUUAUUAAAAACUCCCACCCACGCAAUUCUGAGUCAUCAAAACAAUUAAAAAGUUAAUAAAGCUUGGCGCACUUAAAAA